UUAUCAGGAUACCAACACAGAACCACACAUUUGAGAGAAGAGACAAGAUUACAAACUAAGGAUUUAUCAUCACUGUCUGUCAGAGGAGUCAUGACCAAGGAGAUUGAGGCUCUCAUGGUACAACAGAACGAGAGUUUCAACUACUUACGCUAUCCAGACAACUACAUUAUGGACUCUUGGCCUAGCAUGGACAGCGGUGACCUCAGCAAGACUAAACCCCGAAUGUCUUCAGAUGAAGAACUUGCAACUUUAAGCCUUCUUUAUGAAGCCUGCAAGAACCCUAAAGAGCAGAAGAUGACAUCAUGUGCGCGUGAAAGCAGCAUGUACAUGGACAGGACAGUGAAUAGCGCCUCCCCUGAGCUGGCCACGCUGGAGAACGCUCACAUCAUGAAGCUGCUUUCUGAAAGCAUGUCCUCCGGUCACUCAAAGCAAGCAUUACUGGGCACUGACAGCUACACCGGGGACAACUUGUACUCCCUCCUCCAACCAACACAGAAAUCAUGGCCAUCUGACCAACCCUUUCUGGAGACGACCCCUGAGCCUCUACCCUACAGCACAUUUGUGGGACAAACAAGCCCAGUAUACUCAGAGUCCUACACCAACUCUCCUCCAGACAGAUACAGGAAUGACUUCCAGUUUGUUCUUGGUGCACCACAAGCUUCUCAGCACAAGACAACAGCAAUACCAAUGGUGUACUCAACAAGGGGCAGUUUUACCCCAUCACACUGCAAGGAGUGGAUG